GAAAAUGAAUGAAGGAAAUUGAAGUUGCAUAGAAUUCAAUGGACGAUAAUUGAAAGAGAAUGAGAGCUCUUGUAUAGAAUCGUUUUCGAAGAGACAACCAAUGCCGCUCAACUUCGACCUCCAAACAUUUCCCGCCGAAGAGAGCGGGCAUUGCAUUUCAAUGAACGUUAAUGGAGAAAACCCAUCAACUGUUCUUGCUGUUUCUUUAUCCAAGCCUUGUACAAUAGAAAGAUUUUCUUUUCAUCAUCAUCUUCAGGGGAAAAAUGGGUGACAAGAAGAAAGAUAUAAUUCAACUGGAGCCAGAAUCUGUGAUUCCCAUCCUCAAGCAUAAGCUCAUUGCUGCUCUAUCUGAUCACAUUGAAGAUGCAGCCGACCGUGAGGAGUUUUUAAAACUAUGCCAGAGAGUUGAAUAUACAAUUCGAGCAUGGUACCUUCUGCAUUUUGAGGAUCUCUUGCAAUUGUAUUCCCUCUUUGAGCCAAUUUAUGGCGCCAAUAAAUUGGAGCAGCAUAAUCUAUCCCCUGAAGAUAUUGACACUUGUGAGCAGAAGUUUUUAACAUGUCUAUUUCAGGUGAUGGAUAAGAGUAAUUUCAAAAUAGCUACUGAUGAUGAGAUUAAUGUUGCACUUGCUGCACAAUAUCGCUUGAAUCUUCCAAUUGUAGUAAAUGAAACUAAGCUUGACUCAAGGCUGUUUACAAAGUACUUCUCUAAGCAUCCUCAUGAUAACCUCCCAGACUUUGCUGAUAAGUACAUAAUCUUUCGGCGUGGAUUUGGAAUUGAUAAGAUGACUGCUUACUUUGUCAAAGCAAAAAUAAAUACAAUCCUUGCGCGUAUAUGGAGCUUUUUCUUGACAAUCACUUUGUUAAAAAGACUUUUCUGCACAAAGUCAAAAGCAGGUGCUAACAAAGAUCAAAAGCCUGUUCAAAUCCGCAUAGAAGAAGAUCAAAGUGAUUUAUAUGUUGAACGAAUCCGUAUUGAGAAGAUGAAUCUCAGUUUCUCUAAUCUUAUAGGCAAGGUUACAAUCCAAGAACCUACAUUUCAGAGUAUAAUUGUCGUAUACAGGAGAACGAGUACCAAAAAAGAAAAAGAGAGGAAUAUAUAUGUGAAGCAUUUCAAGAACAUUCCAAUGGCUGAUAUGGAGAUAGUGCUUCCAGAAAAGAACAAUCCAGGUUUAACUCCAAUGGAUUGGGUCAAAUUUAUUGUUUCUGCUGUAAUUGGACUGGUUACCGUAAUUGGUUCACUUAGUAUACCUAAAAUUGAUAUCAGGGUCAUUUUCGCUGUCCUGUCAUCAGUGGUUGGUUAUUGUGUCAAGACAUAUUUCACGUUUCAAAGUAACUUGGUUUCCUAUCAGAGUUUAAUCACCCAAUCUGUGUAUGACAAACAAUUGGAUAGUGGAAGGGGCACUCUUCUUCACUUGUGUGACAAUGUGAUUCAACAAGAAGUAAAAGAAGUGAUUGUUUCAUUUUUUGUGCUGAUGAAGCAAGGACAAGCUGAUAGACUGGAACUUGAUCAGCGGUGUGAGGAUCUUAUUAAAGAAGAUUUUGGUGAAAGCUGUAAUUUUGAUGUAGAUGAUGCAGUUCAAAAGCUAGAAAAGUUGGGAAUUGUUUCUCAGGACGCUGCUGGAAACUAUAAAAGUGUCGCCUUGAGAAUUGCUAAUGAUAUAAUUGGCACCACAACAGAGGAGGUAGUCCUGAAGGCUAGACAUCGUAAUAGCACUUCUAAACACUGGGGAAAGGUUAAAUCCUUCUGAUCCGAGUCAACUUGGAGAAUUUUGCGCCACAGGACCACAUAUGAAGCGAUUAUCCUGCUAUCCAGCACCUUCAUUGUGAAACUAAAUGGCAAGUUGUGUACUUGCAAAGAAUUUUCACUGUUAAUGUACAUAAUUUCAUUGGUAUGAACUCUAUAGUGAUAGUUGAGACAAUAUAUCAUAAAUGAUUGUCAAUAGAAAAGGCAAUAAAAUAUCAGAUUUGUUCAA